CUGCACCGACGCCGAACGCGACCGUAGCCGCAAAUGCGACCAAUUCUGUAAACGCGACGCCGACGGCCGCGCCGUCUGCUGUACCGACGCCGGUGCCGACCCCUCCGCCCUCGCUCUCGCCGACGCUCACGUCGGCGCCGACGGCGCACGAGUACGAGGACAACCUCGUGGCCUACUACCCGAUGACGCACGGCAAGCUGGACGACGCCCACACGAAAUUCCACGGCAAGGCAUGGAGGCCCGAGCAACCUGACGUUCCCGAUUCCAUGAUGGUUGCCGCGGAUCUGCGGCAGACCGACGCGCGCGACGGUCCCCAGGGCGACGCGGUGGCGCUCAACAAGAGCUUUUACGAGUACAUCGAGCUGCCCGACAACGUGACGAGGUCCAUCUCCGGGGACCGGCCGAGGACGGUCUGUCUCUGGGCGCGGAUCGACAAGUGGAAGAACGCCCGGAUCUUCGAGUACGGCAGAAAGGCGCCCCAGGGAGAGCUGUUCGGCCUGCGCACCUGGAACGUCCCGGGCGAGUUUGCGGUCGAAGCGCCAUGGAACGUUCGGAACCAUUGGGACAAUCGAAACGUCAACCUGAGCACGAACGUCAGCAUAACGCAGGCGCCGACGCCAUCGCCGACGACGCCUCAGCCGACGCUGGAACCAGGCAUGAGCCGCCGACUUGACGCCACCGGCGAGACUACGGCGGCCCCCACGCCGCAGAGCCCGUGGGUGGAAACGUGGCACCACUACUGCGUGACGUACGCCGCGGAGCCGCACCCGAAGGAGAAGGAUCGGUACCUCCCAGGGAACGUGACCCUCUACGUGGACGGCCGCAAGGAGGGGUUCUGGAAGAACGCGACCGUCAACACGAGCCUCGGCUCGCCGCUCUACAUCGGCGCGGACAUCCACGGCUCCAAAACGCUCGAUGGGGCCGUGGACGAGGUGUACGUCUACGACAAGGCUCUGGAGGCCUGGCAGGUCGAGGUGCUCCACGGCAUCCUCAGUCCGCCGCCGACGGCCGCGCCGUCUGCUGUACCGACGCCGGUGCCGACCCCUCCGCCCUCGCUCUCGCCGACGCUCACGUCGGCGCCGACGACGCACGAGUACGAGGACAACCUCGUGGCCUACUACCCGAUGACGCACGGCAAGCUGGACGACGCCCACACGAAAUUCCACGGCAAGGCAUGGAGGCCCGAGCAACCUGACGUUCCCGAUUCCAUGAUGGUUGCCGCGGAUCUGCGGCAGACCGACGCGCGCGACGGUCCCCAGGGCGACGCGGUGGCGCUCAACAAGAGCUUUUACGAGUACAUCGAGCUGCCCGACAACGUGACGAGGUCCAUCUCCGGGGACCGGCCGAGGACGGUCUGUCUCUGGGCGCGGAUCGACAAGUGGAAGAACGCCCGGAUCUUCGAGUACGGCAGAAAGGCGCCCCAGGGAGAGCUGUUCGGCCUGCGCACCUGGAACGUCCCGGGCGAGUUUGCGGUCGAAGUGCCAUGGAACGUUCGGAACCAUUGGGACAAUCGAAACGUCAACCUGAGCACGAACGUCAGCAUAACGCAGGCGCCCGACGCCAUCGCCGACGACGCUCAGCCGACGCUGGAACCAGGCAUGAGCCGCCGACUUGACGCCACCGGCGAGACUACGGCGGCCCCCACGCCGCAGAGCCCGUGGGUGGAAACGUGGCACCACUACUGCGUGACGUACGCCGCGGAGCCGCACCCGAAGGAGAAGGAUCGGUACCUCCCAGGGAACGUGACCCUCUACGUGGACGGCCGCAAGGAGGGGUUCUGGAAGAACGCGACCGUCAACACGAGCCUCGGCUCGCCGCUCUACAUCGGCGCGGACAUCCACGGCUCCAAAACGCUCGAUGGGGCCGUGGGACGAGGUGUACGUCACGACAAGGCUCUGGAGCCUGGCAGGUCGAGGUGCUCCACGGCAUCCUCAGUCCGCCGCCGACGGCGCGCCGUCUGCUGUACCGACGCCGGUGCCGACCCCUCCGCCCUCGCUCGCCGACGCUCACGUCGGCGCCGACGACGACGCCAGUACGAGGACAACCUCGUGGCCUACUACCCGAUGACGCACGGCAAGCUGGACGACGCCCACACGAAAUUCCACGGCAAGGCAUGGAGGCCCGAGCAACCUGACGUUCCCGAUUCCAUGAUGGUUGCCGCGGAUCUGCGGCAGACCGACGCGCGCGACGGUCCCGAGGGCGCCGCGGUGGCGCUCAACAAGAGCUUUUACGAGUACAUCGAGCUGCCCGACAACGUGACGAGGUCCAUCUCCGGGGACCGGCCGAGGACGGUCUGUCUCUGGGCGCGGAUCGACAAGUGGAAGAACGCCCGGAUCUUCGAGUACGGCAGAAAGGCGCCCCAGGGAGAGCUGUUCGGCCUGCGCACCUGGAACGUCCCGGGCGAGUUUGCGGUCGAAGUGCCAUGGAACGUUCGGAACCAUUGGGACAAUCGAAACGUCAACCUGAGCACGAACGUCAGCAUAACGCAGGCGCCGACGCCAUCGCCCCGCGCCUCAGCCGACGCUGGAACCAGGCAUGAGCCGCCGACUUGACGCCACCGGCGAGACUACGGCGGCCCCCACGCCGCAGAGCCCGUGGGUGGAAACGUGGCACCACUACUGCGUGGACGACGCCGCGGAGCCGCACCCGAAGGGAGGAAGGAUCGGUACCUCCCAGGGAACGUGACCCUACGUGGACGGCCGCAAGGAGGGGUUCUGGAAGAACGCGACCGUCAACACGAGCCUCGGCUCGCCGCUCUACAUCGGCGCGGACAUCCCGCCCAAAACGCUCGAUGGGGCCGUGGACGAGGUGUACGCGUCUACGACAAGGCUCUGGCGCCUGGCAGGUCGAGGUGCUCCACGGCAUCCUCAGUCCGCCGCCGACGGCCGCGCCGUCUGCUGUACCGACGCCGGUGCCGACCCCUCCGCCCUCGCUCUCGCCGACGCUCACGCCGGCGCCGACGACGCCGCCAGUACGAGGACAACCUCGUGGCCUACUACCCGAUGACGCACGGCAAGCUGGACGACGCCCACACGAAAUUCCACGGCAAGGCAUGGAGGCCCGAGCAACCUGGCGUUCCCGAUUCCAUGAUGGUUGCCGCGGAUCUGCGGCAGACCGACGCGCGCGACGGUCCCCAGGGCGACGCGGUGGCGCUCAACAAGAGCUUUUACGAGUACAUCGAGCUGCCCGACAACGUGACGAGGUCCAUCUCCGGGGACCGGCCGAGGACGGUCUGUCUCUGGGCGCGGAUCGACAAGUGGAAGAACGCCCGGAUCUUCGAGUACGGCAGAAAGGCGCCCCAGGGAGAGCUGUUCGGCCUGCGCACCUGGAACGUCCCGGGCGAGUUUGCGGUCGAAGCGCCAUGGAACGUUCGGAACCAUUGGGACAAUCGAAACGUCAACCUGAGCACGAACGUCAGCAUAACGCAGGCGCCGACGCCAUCGCCGACGACGCCUCAGCCGACGCUGGAACCAGGCAUGAGCCGCCGACUUGACGCCACCGGCGAGACUACGGCGGCCCCCACGCCGCAGAGCCCGUGGGUGGAAACGUGGCACCACUACUGCGUGACGUACGCCGCGGAGCCGCACCCGAAGGAGAAGGAUCGGUACCUCCCAGGGAACGUGACCCCCACGUGGACGGCCGCAAGGAGGGGUUCUGGAAGAACGCGACCGUCAACACGAGCCUCGGCUCGCCGCUCUACAUCGGCGCGGACAUCCCGCCCAAAACGCUCGAUGGGGCCGUGGGACGAGGUGUACGUCUACGACAAGGCUCUGGAGGCCUGGCAGGUCGAGGUGCUCCACGGCAUCCUCAGUCCGCCGCCGACGGCCGCGCCGUCUGCUGUACCGACGCCGGUGCCGACCCCUCCGCCCUCGCGCUCGCCGACGCUCACGCCGGGCGCCGACGACGCACGAGUACGAGGACAACCUCGUGGCCUACUACCCGAUGACGCACGGCAAGCUGGACGACGCCCACACGAAAUUCCACGGCAAGGCAUGGAGGCCCGAGCAACCUGACGUUCCCGAUUCCAUGAUGGUUGCCGCGGAUCUGCGGCAGACCCGCGCGCGACGGUCCCGAGGGCGCCGCGGUGGCGCUCAACAAGAGCUUUACAGUACAUCGAGCUGCCCGACAACGUGACGAGGUCCAUCUCCGGGGACCGGCCGAGGACGGUCUGUCUCUGGGCGCGGAUCGACAAGUGGAAGAACGCCCGGAUCUUCGAGUACGGCAGAAAGGCGCCCCAGGGAGAGCUGUUCGGCCUGCGCACCUGGAACGUCCCGGGCGAGUUUGCGGUCGAAGUGCCAUGGAACGUUCGGAACCAUUGGGACAAUCGAAACGUCAACCUGAGCACGAACGUCAGCAUAACGCAGGCGCCGACGCCAUCGCCGACGACGCCUCAGCCGACGCUGGAACCAGGCAUGAGCCGCCGACUUGACGCCACCGGCGAGACUACGGCGGCCCCCACGCCGCAGAGCCCGUGGGUGGAAACGUGGCACCACUACUGCGUGACGUACGCCGCGGAGCCGCACCCGAAGGAGAAGGAUCGGUACCUCCCAGGGAACGUGACCCUCUACGUGGACGGCCGCAAGGAGGGGUUCUGGAAGAACGCGACCGUCAACACGAGCCUCGGCUCGCCGCUCUACAUCGGCGCGGACAUCCACGGCUCCAAAACGCUCGAUGGGGCCGUGGACGAGGUGUACGUCUACGACAAGGCUCUGGAGGCCUGGCAGGUCGAGGUGCUCCACGGCAUCCUCAGUCCGCCGCCGACGGCCGCGCCGUCUGCUGUACCGACGCCGGUGCCGACCCCUCCGCCCUCGCUCUCGCCGACGCUCACGUCGGCGCCGACGACGCACGAGUACGAGGACAACCUCGUGGCCUACUACCCGAUGACGCACGGCAAGCUGGACGACGCCCACACGAAAUUCCACGGCAAGGCAUGGAGGCCCGAGCAACCUGACGUUCCCGAUUCCAUGAUGGUUGCCGCGGAUCUGCGGCAGACCGACGCGCGCGACGGUCCCCAGGGCGACGCGGUGGCGCUCAACAAGAGCUUUUACGAGUACAUCGAGCUGCCCGACAACGUGACGAGGUCCAUCUCCGGGGACCGGCCGAGGACGGUCUGUCUCUGGGCGCGGAUCGACAAGUGGAAGAACGCCCGGAUCUUCGAGUACGGCAGAAAGGCGCCCCAGGGAGAGCUGUUCGGCCUGCGCACCUGGAACGUCCCGGGCGAGUUUGCGGUCGAAGUGCCAUGGAACGUUCGGAACCAUUGGGACAAUCGAAACGUCAACCUGAGCACGAACGUCAGCAUAACGCAGGCGCCGACGCCAUCGCCGACGACGCCUCAGCCGACGCUGGAACCAGGCAUGAGCCGCCGACUUGACGCCACCGGCGAGACUACGGCGGCCCCCACGCCGCAGAGCCCGUGGGUGGAAACGUGGCACCACCGCGUGCGUGACGCCGCGGAGCCGCACCCGAAGGAGAAGGAUCGGUACCUCCCAGGGAACGUGACCCACGUGGACGGCCGCAAGGAGGGGUUCUGGAAGAACGCGACCGUCAACACGAGCCUCGGCUCGCCGCUCUACAUCGGCGCGGACAUCCACGGCUCCAAAACGCUCGAUGGGGCCGUGGACGAGGUGUACGUCUACGACAAGGCUCUGGAGGCCUGGCAGGUCGAGGUGCUCCACGGCAUCCUCAGUCCGCCGCCGACGGCCGCGCCGUCUGCUGUACCGACGCCGGUGCCGACCCCUCCGCCCUCGCUCUCGCCGACGCUCACGUCGGCGCCGACGACGCACGAGUACGAGGACAACCUCGUGGCCUACUACCCGAUGACGCACGGCAAGCUGGACGACGCCCACACGAAAUUCCACGGCAAGGCAUGGAGGCCCGAGCAACCUGACGUUCCCGAUUCCAUGAUGGUUGCCGCGGAUCUGCGGCAGACCGACGCGCGCGACGGUCCCGAGGGCGCCGCGGUGGCGCUCAACAAGAGCUUUUACGAGUACAUCGAGCUGCCCGACAACGUGACGAGGUCCAUCUCCGGGGACCGGCCGAGGACGGUCUGUCUCUGGGCGCGGAUCGACAAGUGGAAGAACGCCCGGAUCUUCGAGUACGGCAGAAAGGCGCCCCAGGGAGAGCUGUUCGGCCUGCGCACCUGGAACGUCCCGGGCGAGUUUGCGGUCGAAGUGCCAUGGAACGUUCGGAACCAUUGGGACAAUCGAAACGUCAACCUGAGCACGAACGUCAGCAUAACGCAGGCGCCGACGCCAUCGCCGACGACGCCUCAGCCGACGCUGGAACCAGGCAUGAGCCGCCGACUUGACGCCACCGGCGAGACUACGGCGGCCCCCACGCCGCAGAGCCCGUGGGUGGAAACGUGGCACCACUACUGCGUGACGUACGCCGCGGAGCCGCACCCGAAGGAGAAGGAUCGGUACCUCCCAGGGAACGUGACCCUCUACGUGGACGGCCGCAAGGAGGGGUUCUGGAAGAACGCGACCGUCAACACGAGCCUCGGCUCGCCGCUCUACAUCGGCGCGGACAUCCACGGCUCCAAAACGCUCGAUGGGGCCGUGGACGAGGUGUGCGUCACGACAAGGCUCUGGGCGCCUGGCAGGUCGAGGUGCUCCACGGCAUCCUCAGUCCGCCGCCGACGGCGCGCCGUCUGCUGUACCGACGCCGGUGCCGACCCCUCCGCCCUCGCUCGCCCGGCUCACGUCGGCGCCGACGACGCACGAGUACGAGGACAACCUCGUGGCCUACUACCCGAUGACGCACGGCAAGCUGGACGACGCCCACACGAAAUUCCACGGCAAGGCAUGGAGGCCCGAGCAACCUGACGUUCCCGAUUCCAUGAUGGUUGCCGCGGAUCUGCGGCAGACCGACGCGCGCGACGGUCCCCAGGGCGACGCGGUGGCGCUCAACAACAGCAAGUACGAGUACAUCGAGCUGCCCGACAACGUGACGAGGUCCAUCUCCGGGGACCGGCCGAGGACGGUCUGCCUCUGGGCGCGGAUCGACAAGUGGACGAACAAAGCCCGGAUCUUCGAGUACGGCAGAAAGGCGCCCCAGGGACAGCUGUUCGGCCUGCGCACCUGGAACGUCCCGGGCGCGCUUACGGUCGAAGUGCCAUGGAACGUUCGGAACCAUUGGGACAAUCGAAUCAACGUCGUCCUGAGCAGGAACGUCAGCAUGACGCCGGUGCCGACGUCAAUUCCGACAUCUCUGCCGACCGAAUCGACGGCACCAGAGCGCCGCCGCCGACUUGACGCCACCGACAGCGACAGCGACAACGCCGCCGCCGGCGCCACGCCGUCGGACCCGUGGGUGGAAACGUGGCACCACUACUGCGUGACGUACGCCGCGGAGCCGCACCCGAAGGAGAAGGAUCGGUACCUCCCAGGGAACGUGACCCUCUACGUGGACGGCCGCAAGGAGGGGUUCUGGAAGAACGCGACCGUCAACACGAGCCUCGGCUCGCCGCUCUACAUCGGCGCGGACAUCCACGGCUCCGAAACGCUAGAUGGGGCCGUGGACGAGGUGUACGUCUACGACAAGGCUCUGGAGGCCUGGCAGGUCGAGGUGCUCCACGGCAUCCUCAGUCCGCCGCCGACGGCCGCGCCGUCUGCUGUACCGACGCCGGUGCCGACCCCUCUGCCGUCGGCCCCGCCGACGAUCUCGCUUCCCCCGACGGCGCACGCCUACGAGUACGGCCUCGUGGCGUACUACCCGAUGGACGAGGGCUCGCUGGCGGACGCCCACGACGGCGCCCACGCCGGCCGGGGCUGCAACGCCGCGGCCUGCGAGCCCGAGCAGACCCUGGCCACCACGCUCGCGCGCGACGUCGUCCAGGACGCGGUGGCGCUCGACGCGACCGCGAACCAGUUCAUCCGGCUGCCGUACGCCACAACGGUGCCCAUCUCCGAGGAUAACCCGCGGACCGUCUGCCUCUGGGCCCGGAUCGACGCGUGGGCGGACAACGCCCGGCUCUUCGAGUACGGUAAGGGUCCGACGCAGCGCUUCGGCCUGCGCACCUACAAGACCCCGGGGCGCUUCUCGGUCAUUUCGCACGAUCCGAAGCGGCCGAGCACGAACGUCACGGUCGACCUCAACGCCAGCCGCCUCGUCGCGCCGCGGCCGACGCCGCGGCCGACGAUACGAGGCCGCCGCCUCGACGGCACCGGCGAGACGCCGUUCCCUACGGCGGCCCCCACGCCGAACCCCACAGCGACCCCCACAACGCCGCCGAACCCCUGGGUGGCCACGUGGCACCACUACUGCGUGACGUACGCCGCGGACCGCGCGAAGCGCAAUCGGGCGAACGUGACCUUCUACGUGGACGGCGUCGCGGAGAAGACCUGGAACGCGACCGUCAACACGAGCGCGUCGCCGCUCUUCAUCGGCGCGGACGUCCUCGGAACGCACACGCUCGCCGGCGCCGUCGACGAAGUAUAUGUAUAUGAGAAGGCGCUGGACGCCUGGCAGGUCGGCGUGCUCUACGGCAUCGUCAGCCCGCCGCCGACGGCCGUGCCCACCGGCGCCCCGACGAGCGCGCCGACGGGCCUCCCGACGCCGCAGCCGAGCCCGGCCCCGACGUCGCACCCGUCGGCCUCGCCCGCGCCGUCGCGCUACUUCCUCGAGGCCGCGCUCGUCGCGCACUACGGCAUGGACGGCGGCGUCGCCGUCGACGACCACGGCCCCUUCGGCAACGCGACCUACGUCGAGGGCCGGACGCGCAAGGACACGGCCCUCGACGGCACGGACGCCCUGAACGUGACGGGCGCGCGGAAGGGCGUGCGCCUGCCCGCCGGCGUCACGCGCCGCAUCCUCGGGGGGCGCGAGCGGGGGGUCUGCCUCUGGGCGCGCGUCGACAAGUGGCGCAAGGCCGCGCUCUUCGGCUACGGGGCGGCCGCCACCGGAGGAAGCGCCACGGGCGCGCCUGGUAAACCGGAGGCCUUCGGCCUCGCCGUCGACGACGACGUAGGUUUCGUCGCUUUGGACUUCGGCGACGGCUAUCCCGUAAAGGCGGAGGUCCCCGCGCGCGCCGGCCAGUGGCACCACUACUGCCUCGUUUAUGAUGACGGGAACGCCACGCUCUACUACGAUAGCGUCAUUCAGAAGACGACGAAGAUCGCGCUCAACACGAGCAACAGCUCGCAGUUCCACCUCGGCGCGGGUUUGGAUGGGGCCGACGCUCUGGAUGGUUCCAUCGACGAGGUUUAUAUCUACGAGGAGGCCCUGACCCAGGACGCCAUCGAUUUAAUCUACUCGCGCGUGACGAGCCCGCCUUCCUCGGUGCCGUCGCCGGAGCCGUCCUCGAUGCCGUCGCGGGCACCAACGUCGCUGCCGACGGGCGUCCCGACGUCAGCGCCUUCACCAAUGCCGUCGUCCAUGCCGACGACGGCCGUGCCCACGUCUAAGCCGUCGGCGCCCCCGACGGCCGCGCCGACGCCGGCGACGCCCGAGCCCACGGGCGCGCCCAGCGAGGCGCCGUCGGCCAUGCCGACGGUCGAGGGCUUGGGUGUGGCGGGCACGUUGAGGGCCGUGGCGCUGCCGCAGGCUUGUGACGAUGCGGCGUUCUUAGGGGCCGUCGAGGCCGCGCUCGUCGCCGCGACGAACGCGUCGCGCGCCGACGUGCGCUGUGUUGGAUAUGCCUGGACGCGGUCCGAUUUAUAUUGGGGGCGGCGCCUCCAGGGCAGCGAGGGCGAGGGCGGGAAGCUCCCGGAGACGGCGGUCCCGACGAGCGUGCCCACUUCCAAUCCUUCGGCGCUGCCGUCGCCGAAGCCGUCGCGCGGGCCGACGGCCGUGCCCACGUCAAUACCUUCACCCGUACCGACGGCGUCGCCGGCGCCCACGAGCCUCGAGGCCUUCGAGCUCGACUACCGCGUCCACGCGAGCUACGCGCGGCACCCCGCCAUCCGGGCGGAGACCUUCGACGACGAGGUCAAGACCAUGAUCAACGCGGCGAUCGAGCGGGGCGUUUUUGUGGACGUGUUUAACAAAGAGAAGGUCACGGCCGAGGUCCAGACCGUGGAGACCGCGGCCAUCUACCGGACGGUGGCGCCGUCGCCGGCGCCGUCGUUAGCUCCAACCACAACAGGCUAUAGACUCGCCGGCAUCCUCUCCGCCGAGGUCGUGGGCGGCGACGAGGGCUUCGUCGAGGCCCCCAUCGAGACGCUCGUCAACCUCACGAAGCCUCUGAUCGUCAAGCUCAAGACGCGGCCGAGCGCCGACGUGGCCGUGACGUUGACGGCGGCCGGCACGGGCAGCGCGCUCCGCUUUUAUGAGGAGGAUUCAAAACGGCCGGGCUUCGCGCUCGCGUCCGACCCUGGUAGUACGACGUCCACGAAGACCAUUCCGUCAAAUACGACAACUCUCACGGUCAUCGCCGGGGCGCUGCGGGACCGGGUCAACUCGGGGACGAGCUUCAGCCAGACCGUUGAGAUCAGUCUCGAUUCGGAAGACCCGAACUAUUGUUGCGGGCGGCACACGGCCUCGUUUGAGCUCGAGGUCGGCGACGUGGACACGUCGCUUAUUAGUACGGGCAAGUUCCUGUCCAAAGUUCCGCCCGUGACGUCCGGGGACGGUGGUGCUACGACCAUGAAGCUCGACGAGAACGCCGCGACGUACCAGUUCACGGUCUCGCUGACCUCGAAGCCCUUCCACCGCGUCGGGCUCGAGGUGCUGGGCGACGUCGACGCGUUUUCGGACAUUACGUAUGGCGACGUCGACGAGCGGGUCUACAAUCCGGAGCGGUUAGUUUUUGUGGAUCCCGACGACUGGGCCGCGCCGGUGACCUGGAGCUUCCACAUUGAAGACGACGACGUCUUGGACGGGAACCGGAACUACAAGGUCCAGUUGAGGGCCGUCAGCAACGACACGAACUACGAUGGGGUCACGUCGGCGACGCUGACGUGUGUUGUGCUGGAGGACGACGUCGCCUUCGCCACCGUGUCCGGCAAGAAGCUCACGGUCGGCGCGGGCGUCGACGGGCCGACGUUCGGCGACGGCUACUCCAUCACGCUGUCGGCGCCGCCCAAGGCCGACGUCUUCGUCGCGCUUGAUAUCGACGACGCCAAGGUGAAGGUAAAUCCUAGAUCACUGGUCUUCACGCCCAGUAAUUGGGACCCCCAGGCCGUCGAGGUGAACGCGUCGCUCUACAAAGGCGAGAACAAUACGUAUAUCAUGGAUUCGCGCAUGGCUUUACUGACGCACACCAUGACGUCGGAAGAUACCUUCUUCGACGGCAUCGAGGUGGCGAGCGUCGACGUCGCCGUCGAGUUCUCGGCCGACAGCGUGCCGCCCCCGAAACUCGAGGAGGUGCGGUUCCUGGACGAGGGCAAUGGAUUAAAUGUCCGCUUCGACUCGGCGACGAACCAGGUGGACGGCGCGUGGGACAUCGACUGCGCUAAAUUAUUCAAGUACGACGAGUACCAGUUCGGCACGGAGGCGACUUGUAGCUGGUACAACCACACGGUCCUCAAGGUGACGUUCUCGAGCGGCGCGUCGAUCGUCCCCUUCGACUACGUGAACGCGACGAAGGACAACGCGGUCUACCUCGUCGGUGGCGUCCUGAAGACGAACAUCGCCGGCGCGACGUUAACGUCCGUCUCGCAGUACGCCGAGGCCCAGAAGCCCUGGAACCCCGUCGCGCCGUCGAUCAGCAUCACGGCCCCGUUAUCCGUUGGCGUCUGCGACGGCAUCUCCCUGGACGCGCGCGGCGCGACGGGCGGCGGCAGUCGCGCCCUAACUUAUGAAUGGGGCGUUUUGACGGACUGGGACGCGGAAACGACCGAGGAGGCCGAUUCCGUGAUUGCGUUGCAAGAGAAGCUCGUGACCACCUCCACGGUCAUCUCGCUGGGCUUUGGCGACCUAUUAGCUGGAAGGGCCUACACGUUUCUCAUUGCAGCAAAGAACUACCUGGGCGAGACGACGACGGCCUUCGCGACCGUCAAUAAACUAGGCUCGCCCUCACCCAUGGUCCUCUUCCAGGAGAGUCAGAUCGCUAUGGUCCGCUCCGACGCGAAGACCUUGAAAUUGGACGUGGCUCUACCGAAUUUAACGUGCACGGACAUGAACGUGUCCUCGACGGCCCUAGGCUUCGUCUGGCGCGCCUGGCGGUUGGACGGCGCGUCGUAUGUGCGGGAUGUUCCCCUCUUGUCAGAGUACACGGCGAACCCCGUAAGUUGCCGCCUGCCGAAGGAUGCGUUGAAUGCGCAGACGACCUAUUGGUUUGAGGUGACCGUGGGUUUCGCGGACACGAUGACCAUCAACAACACGGCCGCGACGACCGUAAACGUCGGCGCCCAGGCGUUGGUCGCGUCCAUCGCGGGCGGCGUCGAGCAGGCCGUGGCCAUCGGUGACACCGUCGAGUUGGACGGGAGCCUGUCCGUGGACCCCGACGAGAAUGACGCCGAGGGACCGCUCCAGUACCUCUGGAACUGUUCAAGAAUAGUCGACGUGACCCUCGAGACGGGCGAGAUCCAACGGCGUCUCGUCCACGACAAGUCGCUGCUGGCGCCCGUCGACGCGACGGCCGCGAUCCUCGCGUUCGUGCCGGACACGACGAGCGGCUGGACCGGCGGGGCCACCUACGAGUUUACGCUGCUCGUAUCAAGGGGCACGAGGACGGCCACCUACUCCAUCCUCCUCUUCAUCAGCGCGGACCGGUACAUGCCGCGCGCGACGGUGACUGAUUUUGAUGAAAAUCUGAAGUACAACCCCACGGCGGACACGUACGCCGCCGUCUACUUCGAGGCGACGUCGCCCGACCCCGAUAGGUACUGCUGCGACUCGGUCUGGGAGGUCGAGGGCGAGACCAUCAACCUCUUGGCGAAGGACGCGGCCGCGGCGUCGCCCAUGCUUAUUAAUCUAGGCCUGACGCGGGCCAACGCCGUGUACCGCCUGAAGCUGACGGUCACGGAUGGCAUCGGGUCCACGUCUUCCAGUGUCGUCUCGCUGACGACGAACGGCCCGCCGACGUCGGGCACGAUGGCCGUCACGCCCUACCGAGGCACGGCUCUGCAAACGGAGUUCGAGUUUCUGCUGGACGCCUGGUCCGACGACCCCGACGACUACCCGCUGACCUACACCUAUGGCUACCGCCAGCGCCUGAGCUGGGGGUCUUCGAGAAGGCGGCUGCAGCGGGGCGGUGCCAGUCGCGGUAGACGCUCCGCAGAACUGGCACCGCUCACACCUUUGGUGGCGGACCAGUACGCGAGCGCGUGGUUCUACACGACGCUCCCGAAGGCGGACAACAUCAACAUCACGUGCGUCGGGCGCGUCUUCGACCGCUACCUGAGUUUCGCGGAGGCCUACGCGCCGGCUCGCGUCGACGCUCUGGAAAUGUCGACGGAGGAUUUGUCGGCGUUCGCCGGCGAUCUGCUCUCGGCCACGGCGGACACGGGCGACGGGGAAGCUUCCCUAUCUCUCAUCUCGAACGUGGCGUCGGUGAUUGGUGGGGACGAAGAAACGGAUGUGAAUGGUACUGUCAUCGAGAAGACGCCCGAGCAGUUAGCGGCGGAGCAGGCCCUGAUCGACAACCUGUUUGCCGCGACCAUAGCGGCCGCGAGUCAGGUCGGCACGGGGACGUCCGCCGCGGCCACAUCUCAAGUUUUGAGCACGGUGUCGACGCUGAGCGCGAACCCCGAAACCUUAUCGGAGGACUCGCAGAGCGGCGCGCUGGGUUUGAUGUCUUCCGUCGUCGGUGGAGCGUCGUCGCAAGGUAUCGACCCGGACACGGCCGCGUCCACGGCCUCGACGGUGUCCUCGCUCUUGGACGCGUCGCUGUUCAGCGGCGGCGGCGACGCGGACACGGAGCUGGGCGGCCAGAUGGCGGGCACCGUCGGCGGUUUAGCGACGGCGAUGAUCGCCAAGGCGUAUGGGGGCCAAUCGCAAAGUGUGGUCAGCGACAACCUGGAAUUGACGGCAUUCAGGACGGACUGCGGGACGCGCGACUCGGCCUUCGGGCUGUCGACGGGCGGCGGCGUCACGGGCAUGCCCGCGUCCGCCAUGGACUCGGCGGGCGGCGGGUCGUGCGACGCGGCCGCGAGGAGACGGGGGCGGACGCGGCGGCGCUUACAAGAUGAUGAUAUUGCCGAUGUUGAUGUGAAAGUCGCACAACUCAAGAACGUCUACGCCUCAGAGAGCGACAGCACGAAUUCUGAUCUAGUGCAGAUCGAGAUGGGCGCCGGCGGUUCGACCGUGAAGGUCGAUGGACUCGACGAACCCAUCGUCCUCGUCAUUGGCUUCGAGGCCUACGACCGCACGCUCGCGCCGGGCUUCGAGCCCGAAAAGGUCAUCGACACGUGCUACAACCGGUCGCAAAUCCUCAACGUGAACUGCUCGGUGCCCACGACGUUCAACUGCUCUAUACCACAAUUCAUCGAGACGCAGUUCGGCAACAAGACGUUGUUAGCGCCAAAAAAGACGGGCGAGCCCUGCCCCGGCUCGCCGAAGGGCGAGCCGGUCGCUGUUACGGUGACCUGCCCCGGCAAGAAGCCCGAGUGCACGUUCUGGGACCACAACAGGUCGGCGUGGGGCGGCGACGGCUGUCGGGUCGUGAACUACACGGGCUACAACGUGACCUGCGCCUGUACGCACUUGACGGACUUCGCGGGGAGUACGGGGCCCGUGGGUUCGACGGCCGGCGCCGUCGUCUCGACGUUACUAUCGAUGAAUUUGGCGGACCUGCUGGAGGCGCUCGUCGUCCUGAUCACAUUACUUGUUUGUUUGGGUUUCUUCGCUUUCUUGUACGCGAACGGCCAGUUCCAGGACGCGCAGGACGAAAAACAUAGGAACCAGCUAAGGGAUCGCGUCCUGCCGAAGGAUGCGUUGCAAGCCGCGUCGCGGCCCGAAGUCAUCUCGAGGGCGACGCAGAAGAUCGCCAUCGCCGCGGCCUUUAAGGCGAAGGACACGCGGCCCUGGUUGUUAGCUCCCUCCACUUAUAGAGCGUACCAGCGGAAAGUGAGGCCGGUCAAGAACUGGGUCGCGACGGCCUUCCACGGCUUCGUGACGGCGAUGCGCCGCGAGCACAAGAUCCUGCAGAUCUUCUACCUGCCGGACGGGACGUUUACGCGGUCGGAGCGAGCCACGGUGUUGUGUGUUUUGGUCUUUUCUACUUUGUUGGCCAAUGCCUUCAUACUGUCGGUCUACUCACAUGCUCACAUAGAAAUACCAAUCAUAAACUGGAAGGUCCACGCCGCGAGCGAAGACCCGGUGAACGCCCAGAUCGCGGGCGUCAUCUUCAGUACCUUUUCCGCCCUCGUCGCGACGGGGACGUAUCUAUUGUUUGCAUUCUUUUUCCAGAAGACGGGGGAACCGACGGAAGAAGUGGAUCACUUUUUGGGCGUGCCGGACGAUAACCUGGACAAGGAGAAUCGCGGUAGAGUGGCUCGUAGGCGAGAAGUACUAGCUGCCAUCGCCGAGUACGAGAACGCGUUAAAUGCGCAGAAGCAGGUACCUAGGUUAGAUAGAGAGGACCUCGAGAAUAGCAUUCAUUACCACCCCAAUGAAGAACUAGGGACUGCGCACCAGAUGACGCAGCGCGAGCGCGUCGAGUUCGGGCAGCGCUGUUUGCGACGGAAGGAGGACGCGAGGAAUGCUGUGGCUUUUAGGUAUCGCGCCGUCGCGAAGGCCCACCUCAAGUUCAACAACUACUCGAAGAAAUGCGCGGAACGGCGCAAGGAGAAGGAUAAGAAGGCCCUGCAGCACGACCGGUCGCUCUUGGCUCGGAUCCUACCGUCGUGGCUCUAUGUCUUCCUGGCGCCGAAGCCGCCGCCGCUCCAUGUCUUGACUUUGGACGAGCGAGCUCUGUUCGAGGCGGAGGAGGAGGAGCUGAAGACCUUACCCUGGGACGCGAAGCUCGCUUUUAAGGCCCACGUGUCGCCGCUACGGCAGGCCAUCAAGGUGCGACACAAGUCCUCGUGGUCCCCCGGGUGGAACAAGGUGUUUUUCGGCAUGGCGGCGUUAUGGAGUCUCUUCUGCGCCGUGAUGGUCUUCGGUUUCUCCGUGCAACUGAACAAGUGCGCGACCUGCGAGCGCCAGGACUUCUGGGUCUGCAAGGAGUGGGACGAGUGCGACAACCCGCCCUGCAGUUGUCUGCACACGCGGCCGAACGGCGCGGUCAUUAACGACGGGACGGACCCGCCCAACCUACCGGCCUGGGCCGUGACGGACUGGGCCGCGAAGAAGGAUCGGAACAUAUGCCGGUCGCCGGAGACGUUUCUGCCGUGCGACUCCGCGCCGUCCACGUGUUACAACCUAAAGGAGUGCGAGGACCUCGCGAAGAAGGCCACGAAGCUGACCAUGUGCGAGAAGGAGCGUUUGAAAUGUUUCAGGAUGACGGCUCGGCAGCGGAGCGGCGCCGCCGCGGUCGCCGCGCACGUCAAGCAGCUCCAGACGCUCGCCCCGAGCUGGGCGCCGGCGGACGUCGCGGACGCCGAGGCGCGCCGCGAUGCCCUGAAGGACGAGGACACGGCGUGUCCCACGACGUGCGGCGCGAGCGUCUGCCCGCACACGCUGGCGCACUACUGCGGCAGUGCGGGCGCGAACGGCGGCAGCGUGGCGUGGCUGACGCAGGCUCUGAUGUCCAUCAUCAUCUCGCUGUUCAUUUCCAAUUCCAUCUCGAUCCUGAUGAGCAAGGGCGUCCUACCGGCCUUUGCGCGGUUCUACGUUGGUAGAAGGGCCAAGGACCAGAAGGGAGCGCCGCCCGAAAAGAGGGGCAUCAUGGGCGUGUCCAACCGCGUGGACGAGACGGCGAAAAGAAUCAGAGCCAAGUACGGCGCCAAGCCCGGCAAGGACUUUAUGGAUCGGCAGGCGCAGGACGAUAUCGAAGAGGAGGAGCUUACCGUAACUGAGUCAGAGAGCGACGACGAUUUGGGUCCUAGUCCGGCAGAGCUAAGACUGGCGGCGGCGCGACGGCGCGCGGCCAUGGAGGCGCGCGUCGCAUCAAAGAAUGACGAGGACCCGAUGCCUUAUGUGGUGGAGCCUCCGUCGGCGCAAUUCACGGCGCGCGACCCCUGGUCGAACUUUGAACCUCUCCAUCUCAAUAACAUGAGGGUCGACAUGCACGUGCAAUGCGAGCAUGCGACGCAGUGGCCGCGGCCGGACGCGCAGGAGACCAUCGCGAAGCCCCAGGUCUGGAAGUGCCCCUGCGGCGCGGCCGUCGGCCUGCCUCUCAGGAGAGACCAUCUGAGGUACGACUGCGCGCCCUACCGCGACUCGUUCGAGAACGCGACCCGCAAGUGGUUGGCAGCAAGGGACCCGGAGACGGGCGGCGCGGCGGUCCAGCGCGUCUCCAUGAUUGCGGCCUGCGGCGCCGGCGAGGCGCUCUGUGCUCUUGCUGUUAAUAGGAAAGAGUCCGUGGCGCAGCGCAAGUUGCAAGCGGAGGACUAUAGGGACGAGAUGGAGCUCGCCGCGGAGGUGAUUGCUGCGGAAGAUUUACUGGAGCGGUGGCACGCCGGUGCAGGCGCCCUGUCCCCGAAGUAACAUAUGUUUGUUAG